AAGUAGCAGUUUUGUCUUCUAUUCAGUGGGUAACCGGCCGCCUCAGCUCCAUUGAAGCUUUUCUUCUUUCUCUCUCUCUACAAUGGCGGCUCUAGCUUUUUCAGGAACUUCCUUCUUCUUCUCCACUGCUUCUCCUCAACCUAAAUCAAGGAGCAUCUCUAGAUUUGUUCGUAUGGCGUAUCAGGAGAACGGGCCUUCUCUGGCCGUCGUCGGCGUCACUGGCGCCGUCGGCCAGGAAUUUCUCUCUGUCCUUUCCGACCGUGGAUUCCCUUAUCGCUCCAUUAAGAUGCUAGCCUCGAAGCGCUCCGCUGGCAAGUCCGUUCGCUUUCAUGACGAAGAGCAUAUUGUUGAGGAGCUCACUGCGGAUAGCUUCGAUGGUGUGGACAUUGCUCUCUUCAGCGCUGGAGGAUCCAUCAGCAAGAAGUUUGGACCGCUCGCCGCUGAGAAGGGGACUAUUGUGGUCGAUAAUAGCUCCGCAUUUCGGAUGGAUGAGAAUGUGCCUCUUGUUAUUCCGGAGGUUAAUCCCGAAGCCAUGAAGGGGAUUAAGGUUGGGACUGGCAAGGGCGCUUUGAUUGCCAAUCCUAAUUGCUCAACCAUCAUCUGCUUGAUGGCUGUCACUCCUCUGCAUCGUCACGCUAAGGUUUUACGCAUGGUUGUUAGUACAUAUCAAGCAGCUAGUGGUGCUGGUGCUGCAGCAAUGGAAGAGCUUGUGCAACAGACUCGCGAGGUCCUGGAAGGAAAACCACCAACUUGUAAUAUAUUUAGGGAUCAGUAUGCUUUCAAUUUGUUCUCCCACAAUGCAUCUGUUCUUUCAAAUGGAUACAACGAAGAGGAAAUGAAAUUAGUAAAAGAAACUCGGAAAAUAUGGAGUGAUGCUAAUGUUAAAGUUACUGCCACUUGCAUACGAGUUCCUGUCAUGCGUGCACAUGCUGAGAGUGUGAAUCUUCAAUUUGAGAAUCCCCUUGAUGAGGACACAGCCAGAGAGAUUCUGAAAAAUGCUCCUGGAGUCGUCAUUAUAGACGACCGGGCUGCCAACCAGUUUCCUACACCAUUGAAAGUAUCAAACAAAGAUGAUGUCGCUGUAGGAAGGAUUCGACAGGAUGUUUCACUUGAUGGAAAUAAAGGGUUGGAUAUCUUCGUCUGUGGUGAUCAAAUUCGCAAGGGUGCAGCGCUUAAUGCUGUUCAGAUCGCCGAGUUGUUACUGUAGUCCCGACGAUGACCGAAAAUUGGUACAUUGCUAGACAAAGUUCUUGUUGUUGCUACAUAUGAUAUCACAGAAUGUCUCUCAAGGUAAAAAAAAUCAUCUCUCGGUCUUUGUAUCCAUAACUUUUAGCAAAUUUUGCAGGACGGUCAAUUAAGAUUAUGAGUUUUCAUUUAGAUCUCUGGUUUGAAGGAAAAAUUUGGAAUUGAUGUUAAGUUUUUUUUUACAAUAAACCACUUUGAUGCUUUGUUUA